AUGUGCUUCACCUACACGACCUCGAGGAAGAAUUCCAGGAAGAGUACACAAGACGCAGAAGCUGUGCUGCAGUCCAGACCGCAGGUCAUCCUGAAGUCUGGAACGGAGUGGGAGGUCAUGCUGGAUAUGGACGACCAUACAUUUGCCCGCCAUUUCCGGAUCAGAAGAUCCAGGUUUGAGCAGCUCCUUCGACUGCUUCAGGAGGGCGGCCUGCACAGCAAACACAGCCAUGGACUUCCCACCUUGCCUGUUCCCAAAAAAGCCCUCAUGUUUCUCUGGUAUAUGGCCAACCAGAACAGCUACAGAGAGAUUUCUAAUAAAUUUAACGUCGCCCAGUCAGCGGCGCACACAGCCAUCCUUCAGGUGCUGACUAUCAUGUCAGGGAUCGGCCCACACUUUGUUUCUUGGCCAAGAGGCUGUGACAAGAGGAUGUCUUCUGCUGCCUUCCAGCGUACCUCUGGCCUCGAUGGAGUCAUUGGGGCAAUAGAUGGUUGCCACAUCAGGAUCCAGAGGCCACCCAUCAGAGGAGGGGAUUACAUAAACAGAAAAAGUUAUUACUCUGUCCUCCUCCAGGGUAUUGUCAAUGAUGAAGGCCGUUUCAUCGACAUCUUUGUUGGACCACCAGGCAGGGUGCACGAUGCCAGGAUGCUGCGGGGCUCCACUUUUUACGCAAACUGGCAGGAGAAGAUGGAGGACUAUCGUCUGCUCGGUGACAGUGCCUACAUUGGUCAGGCCUUCCCCUUCAUCAUUACCCCAAAGCGCGACAACGGGGCCCUCACCGAUGCUGACCACCAGCAGAAUUUCUACAUCAGUAGGGGGAGGGUGAUCGUUGAACAGGCUUUUGGCAGGAUGAAGUGCAAGUGGCGCCGCUUAAGAGACCUGCAGAACACCAGGAUGGACAUAGUGGUGAUGAUAAUCAUGGCUGCAUGCUUCUUGCACAACUUUGCCCUUGAAACUGUGGAUGGCUGUGAUGAACACCCCACGGGCUGUCCAAGACACGAGGAUGGGAACGAGUAG